UGAUCUUCGAUGCGCUAUUCAGCCACACCACACAACUGCUAUGACAAACUUGCUGUUACUUCCCAACGAGCUGACACAGCACAUCGCAUCUUUUCUGCCCUGCUCCUCAGCCCUCAGCCUUUCAAGAGCCAAUCGACAACUGCGAACCAUCUGCAAUGACGAUGUAGUAUUCCACAACAUUGCACAGUACGACUUAGGGCAGUACUUGCUCUCCGAAAAUGGCAUAGAACUAUCGGAAACCCAUUGGGCAGAAACCGACUCCGCCUUAGCCAAAACGUCUCUCCAAGAGACCAUCCGCAUAGCAUACGCAGCCGAAAGAUGCAUCAAAGCUCUGCUCGAGACUGGCGACGCAUGGACCUUACUAAGAGCCAAGGGUGUCAACACUUAUGAGCUGAGCAGAUGGCUACCGCAUAUCAUGGCUUUACACCACCCUGUAGCUUCACAGCUAAAGCCCGAAACCUUCCUGGAGCUUCAAGGUCGCUUACAAGUUCAUCAUCGACUUCCAAUAGCACAGUCGCCUCAAUGGUACUCACCCAACCUUCUCGAUGUCAACUUCAUUCUCGGCUACACUAUCUUGACGCAACUGCACAUGACCGGAAAUGGUAAGCAGGUCAAAGCACCCUUCGAUCGCUUCUUUUCCGUAAACCACAUAGCGGAUCCACCGAUCUCGUUGAGUAAUGGCAUCAGAGUGGAUGGGGACGCAAUCAAGAGCCUCCGACAACGGGUGCCAAACUACGGCCAUUUGUGCAAGCCACACGGCGAUGCAUUCACUAUAGACCAAGCUACAACGUUGCUCUCCACCCUAAUUCUGGAGUUGGCUGUACACCAUUUGGCGCCAGGUCAUAUGAGCGAACUUCCGUCUCCCACCAAGAUACCCUUUCGCUCUUUCAUGCACUUGCCGCGUGUCUUUGGCAAAAGUCCAGCACCCGUUUAUGGGGACUCGCACGAACCGUUCGGCAUGUGUCACACUCAGAUGUUCUCAUCCAACUUCCUUUCCUCCGGGCGAUGGAUGGGAUACUACUCGGACCAGCGAAGGGCAUUGGGAAGAAGACGCUUCGGCCCGCCUAUGCACAGUGUCCGAUUUAUUGCCCGGGAAACUACUGAACCAGAGCGGGAUAUCAAGGGUGUUCGCAGUACAUUUACAAUUAUCGAUGUACAAAGUCGAGGUACUGAUGCAGUCGGAGAUUUCUCACUGGAAGGCCGUGUUCGACAUAUCGACGGAUAUAUCUCCUUGACAAAACGAUAUCUUUCAAAAGACUUGUCAUGGGAGUGGGAAGCUAACAUGACACCAUUUGGUAUGGUUGGUGCUUGGGGAAAUUAUGAAGGGAGAUUUGGAGGGUAUUUUUGGAUCUGGAAGGAGGAAUGGCGUUGCGGAUAGUGUUAACGUGAACUCCACACCAAAUACAGGAACUUCACAGCCGGACAUACUAUGGUGCCACGGUAACCUAUACUGCUACUGCGUCUCUUUUAGCCCGAAUUCAUCUUAAUAACCUAUACUAGAGCCUAU